AUGAUGAUGAUGAUGAUGACGAUUCAGGAAGCAGAAGAAUUCAGAUGGCAAAAGAAGGGCACCUUACUCGUCACUCACUACUACCCUCUUCUGUCCCCGUUUCGUCAAUGGCUACUGGAGAAGAUACGAGGAUCACAUCCUUCGAGCACAAGAUUCAUCACUAUUGACAAUGCCGAUUAUCAUGAUCAUGAUAAAUUCUCUUCAAGCCAUCAACCACAAGCAGCUAGGGAAAAAUGA